ACGUCCACGUCCACUGCCGAGUCGUCCACGUGCAUGGCGUCGCCCUGUUUCUCCUUCAUGUUCGCGUCCAAGUGCGAGCGCGUCACGGGGCGCGCGAGCUCGGCGGGCUCCUCGGACUUCGACGAGUUGGGGGACGCCCCCGUGCAGCAGUUGCCACCCAGCCACAAGGAGGUCCCUCAUCUUGACCUCAAUAAACCGUCGACGGACGCGCUGACCGUCGGAAUGGCUUCACCGCUGGAUACCACGCAACCGUUGGCGUAUCAAGGGGCGCUGAGUCCACGCCAGCAGAGCGGGAAGCGGUGCCAUGGCGGGUACCUGCAACACCGCGUCCCCAUGGCGGCAGGACUGCUCAAGAGCUGGAAGCGGAAGUAUUUCAGGCUUCGAGAGCGCGGAAUGGUCUGCUACAAGACGCAGGACGACGCGACGCCGCUGUUCGAGGUCACGUUCACGGCGCACUCGGUGCUGGUACAGGAAAAAUCACAGGGAGACCGGACGGCGAGCAGCAGCAGCUUCAGCAGCAGACCCAGCUCAGAACGACAGGGUGCCGCCUACGCGGACACAUCGGAGAAGCACCGCAGGACGUCGUGGCCGGUGCCGAGCUCUGGGUCGAUGGUUCUUGUUCUCAAGCACGUGGAAGUUACAGGUCACCAGACACCGACGAAGGCGGUUGAAGUGCCGAUGUUUCUGAGAGCAGAGGACGAGGCGGAUCGUACAGCGUGGACGGAAUGCAUCCACUUUAUGAUUGAAGCACACAAGCGAGCUCUGAGCAGCGGGUCUGCAGUGGCACCUGAUUUAUUGCCGAUGUUGAAUAACCUCGUGGAAGUGGAGACGUUCGAAGCCUUUUCCGCCAAAUAUUUGCUGAUGAAAGAGAUCGGCGAGGGCUCUUUCUCGAUCGUGCACCGCGCCGUGAACCGCGUAACGGGUCAGGUCUGCGCCGUGAAGUGCUGCAAAAUCUCGGCAGCACUGGAGGAAGAGGAGCGCCUUCUGCGCACACUCUCGCACCCGAACGUGGUAAGUCUCGAAGGCGUGUACGAGCGAAACAAGGAUCUUCACUAUGUGGUGAUGGAUUAUUUAAAAGACGGGGACUUGUGCGACCUCCUCAUCGAGAGGCAGCGACUCCCGGAGCCCGAGGCACGCCGCAUCAUUCGGCAGGUCGUCGAGGGACUCGCGUAUCUGCACCGCCGCUGCGUGCUGCAUCGCGACAUUAAACCGGAGAACAUCUUGAUCCACGGCAACAUUGUAAAGAUUGCGGAUUUUGGACUGGCGAAGGAGCUUGCGCAGCCCACCAGCAUGCUAAAGCGUAGUUGUGGUACACUGGAGUAUGCGGCCCCUGAGCUACUUUGCGGACGCCCGUAUGGCCUCAAGUCGGACGUGUUCAGUCUUGGUAUUGUGAUGUACGUGCUGCUCUUUGGUGCCUUCCCGUUCAGCGUGGAAUCUGCGGCCGCCUUGCAGUGUAUGGAUCACUUCCCAGAAGGUGUCGACGUGCGGGAUAUGAGCUGCCUUAGUCGCUCUAACGUGCAGUGGCGUCUUGUGAGCCCGUUGGCACAAGAUGUUCUGCUGAAGAUGCUGAAGACGAAUGAGAGUGAACGGAUCUCAGCCGAAGACUUGAUGGGCCAUCCUUGGUUUGAUGACAUCGACGAUGACAUGUCGGGAUCGUCCAAUUGCAACGGAAGCUCUCCGGAAGAGUUUGAGCUCGCUCGCAUUGAGGACUGCGAGGCUCUCGGAUUCGCCGAGUUACUUUCCCGAGGCUUCCAGGUCAUUAAGUACGGAUUCAAGGAGUCGACAAAGCCGCACUCGACAUCGCUGACACUGAAUUUCAUGGAGGAGUGCAUCACGUGGACUGCCCGGAACAGCUCGAUACACACCCGGACACCAAGCAGCAAUAAUGAUGGCGGAUCAGCUGAAAACACCAAGCGAGGACGUGCUAUUCCACUUCGGGAAGUCAAGGAGAUUCGGGAGGGCCACACGACGCAAGCGUUCCUGUCCCGUAAAGACUCGAAGUUCCUGCCGCCGCCCGAGCUCUGCCUUUCCAUUGUGUGUCCUUGGCGAACGCUCGAUCUCGUGGUGGAAGCUCCAAGCCAACGCGAAUUUAUGGCCCGUGGACUCCGCCGACUGCUUCCAUCAUCCCCACAGUAG